GACUCUAUGCUCUGCGUCCAGAUCUAAAAAUUACUGGUCGCACUCUGAUCGGUGCAGUUCCUCCGAAACACCAGCAGAUGGAAGAUCACUAUUUUGGUAGAAUGCCUUCUCGCGCCAUGGCAGCCAUAAGCGAAGCCGAGUUAGAAUUACUUAAACUGGGAGUGCCCGUAAAAACUAGACACAAUGAAGUCGCACCAGCACAGUUCGAAAUGGCGCCCAUCUUUGAAGAUGCUGCUUUGGCGGUUGAUCACAAUCUGUUGACUAUGGAAGUCUUGAGUAAGAUAGCACAUAAGCAUAAGCUGAAAGUGUUAUUCCACGAAAAACCGUUCAAGGGAGUUAAUGGAAGCGGGAAGCAUUGCAAUUGGUCAAUGUCAACUAACUUGGGAGAGAACUUGCUCGAACCAACUGCUGCACCAGAAUCAAAUACAAAAUUCCUCCUCUUUCUGGUUGCUGUGCUAAACGCUGUCUAUACCCAUGGAGGUCUACUCAGAGCCGGAAUAGCAUCAGCUUCAAAUGACCAUCGACUGGGUGCAAAUGAAGCGCCACCCGGCAUCAUCUCUGUAUUUCUUGGUACUCAUCUGACAGACGUGCUUGAUGCUAUAGUAGAGGACAGACCGAUCGCUCGCUCAUCAAUUCCUCAUGUCGAGCAUAUCAAAGUAGGAAGUACUACGCUUGAUGUCAAGAUAUCUACUAUGCCAGAGAUAUCGCGCGAUUUGACUGAUAGAAAUAGAACAUCGCCGUUUGCAUUUACCGGAAACAA